GUCGUAAGAGGCGACUAAAAGCCAAAUGCACUAUGACUGUUAUUUUACCUUGCCUAGAAAUAUCAGCAUAGGAAUAAUGUCAAAAAUGGUGCUAUAAUACUCAGCUUGAACUGAUAUUAUAGACUUUAAAUGAGAUUCCAAAUAAAAAGACAUUUGAAGUUCAAGCGACAAUUGUCACCAGUCAUUGAGUAAUGGGGAGCUCAACUGGCUGUAGCUUCGGCUACACAGUCUUACCGGAGACUCCACUCUGGUACCACGGGGAGCAGAAUGCCCUUGGACUUCGGACCAAUCUGCUCAUUGGGUUCGGCCCUUUGUGGAGAUUCGUGGUGGCUGUGGUUUAAGCCUAAGUGCUGAAAGAACUGAAUUUUCAGUUCAAAAAAAAAGUUACACAAGCAACUGAGUUCCGUACCUGAAAACGGACAAAUAGCUCGUAUUAUUUGAGGCGGUAAUCAACGCAUUGUUUUGAUACGUUGUGCUUUGAGCACAGUGAGGUAAGGCCGUCGCCGGCAGGUACUCACGUAAAACACACCGGUCGUUGUAGGGAUAGGGAUGUGGGGGAUUCAUUGAACAUACAAAAAGGUGUUUAUACUCAUACGGUACCUCAUUUCACGAAGGACAUAUGUUUGGUAUGUCGGGUUAUUCAGAAGGGACGAGUAUGAGUUUAACCUGCUACAGUAUCUAGAACGAAAUUGCGCAAGGAUCACUCUAAAUUAUUGGGCAACUAGAUCUCUACAACUGCUAUGGCUGGUGGACUAACUCCAACUACUGUUUCUGUGAAAUCAUCCCAGGAGAACCUGCUUGGAGAAGACUGGCAACGUACACCAACAACGACUCUUUGUCCAUUCCCCAGUAGCUGCUGGAUAGCGACUUGAUGAUUUUGGUGCGGCUCUGUACUUAAAUGUCUAAAAUCUUAGGGCCUUUGACGGUCAGAGUGUUGGGCUACUUUCAAACACAUGCCAUCGAUAACAUUGCACGACAUCAAUAUCAUAUAAUCAUCUGCAGAUCCUUUGACGGAAAUUCCCUCUGGUGGUGGAGGCAGUCUCGAAAUAUAGAUGUCAAACAGUAUCGAGGAGAGGACACAACCCUGCGGAACCCCCCUUUUAAUUUUUUCUUAAUUUGGAAUUUGGACCUCAAAACAGUGCGGUUGAUUGCCGACCGCUCAGAUAGUUUUAGAUAAACUUUAUAGUGACGAAUGUGGGAAUUUCGUAAGGAGUGGUUAAAAAUAUUCAAUUAGAUUGAAGAAAAGGAAAAGUAUGUAGCUUACUUUAUUUGACCUCUAUUUUUAUGUACAUAUUUUUCUAAAAGUGAAGUGAAAUCAAACACAAUGUUUUGAUAAGAAAAUUUGAUAAUUUUGCAACAGGUAGGUAGGUUUUGUUAGGCAUUUUGGUACCCAAAGAUUUUCCCAAGUGGCAACACUGCUGCAGCCGUGAAGCGCGUAUUGUUACUUGUAGGUUAGUACAAUGGAUGUCACGAACAACAAGAAAAUUUAAGCAAGUCUUGCUAAACCAAUUUAUGUCUUAAAAUAAACAACAUAUCUCGGAAUAAAAAAUGCUGAUAACAUUUGCACCUCUUAAACCAAAUACAUAAUUAAAUUCUUUUCUGCGAACAUAAUAGCAACUUCAUUUUAGAUGCUGAGUAAUAUAGCUAUGUAUACGAGCACCACAUUGUGUUUAUGCAUCUGAACACCACGUUAUGUUAAGUUGAUCCAAGCAUAUGACGUACAAUUCACAAGAAAAGCUUUACUUGAGUAUAAUACACAAUUUCAACAGCAUAUGUUUGUAUCCCUUAAUGUUAUAUUGCAAUGGAAAACACUUAACCAUUGAUAGAAGUGUAUGUAGCUCAGCCAGUUAAAUGCAUGAAUACUGAAACAUUUUGUUUGCAUAAAGACGAACUCAUUUGUACUACCCUGUUUUGUUUCGUUAUAAAUCUAAAAACGCUUAUGUUGAUACUUGGAACAAGUUGACAUAUGGUGUUCGAUAUCCCUGCCGCAGCUCUAAGCGGUAUUGCUGUACGCGGUUGAUUCUCCGAAAACAUAUAAAUUUACAUAUGUUUGAAAUGUUGCUUCGGUAGCUAUGGUUUCUUACACUCCAAUCACCGCAGGUGUAAGCGAGAUAACGAUAGUGUCACGGGCUUAAUAGUCACGCAGCUAACAGCUGCGCCGCGUAUUAAUUCAGUACGUAAAUUUAUUUGUUGUGUGCUGGUGCGUUGUGAAAAUGGAGGCAUCUGAAGCAGUUCACGGUAGCUCGAGUAACCAAGGAAAAAUACAUUGUACCAAGGCUUCAGGCAGUGGUGUGAUUGUGAAAAUAAAUUCAAUGAAAUUGAUACGAUUGGUUCGUAGUCAUGAAGUAUUGUACAACAGUUUUGCGGACGGCUAUAAUGACAAGAGUCACAAAGAGAUAAUUUGGGAGCGCAUUUACAGAGCAUUAUUUCCUUUUUACGAUUCAUACAAACCCCACCAUCAAGACUGCAUACGUACAAAUGUACGCCGACGUUGGAAAACUCUUCGAGACUCAAUUUCCCGCGAGGUCAAAAAGAAUGCUACACUUGAAAAUUAUUCCCGAAAAAAAGAAAGUCCGAUUAUUGCUGAACUCGAGUUCUUGAUACCUCACAUCAAAAGCUCACAUUGUGCGAGAUUAGCUGAUGAGAUGGGAUUACGGGAAUGUUACACCAGCACAAUGGUAGUUGAGCAGGAGCCACAAGAUGAAGAUAGUCUAAACGACUUGAUUGACUUAACUGAAGAAUGCGAUAUUAAGCCAUUUAUUAAACAAGAUGGCUUUCAGUACGAUGAUAUGGACACGUCCGAUGGUACAUUUUCGCAAGAAACAUUUUCCCCGUUUGUAAAUGUCGAUGUUGGGAAUCAUUUUACCAAUGGCAUUGAAGUGGUACCAGCCACCGAAAAUGACGAAUCUAUUCAUUCGUCAUGGAACAAAGAGUUUUGUACGCUUGCACAGUUCAAAGGCGGUGAAUUUAUUAAUCCUGUUGACUUGUGUAUGGAACACGAAAAUGGAGUUAAUUCAGAGGCUACUGAGAAGGAGGCUAAAGAUAUAGAAAAAUCAAUAACAUUACCUGCAAAUGACACAGCUGCAGAUGAACCUAUUAGUAAAAGGGUCCGGCACGAAUCGGAAGAUUCAUCCAAAGAAUUACAAGCCAAAAUACUGCAAUUGUUGAGCAGUUUAGAGCAUCGCGAACGUAGCGACUACGAAGCGCAAGACGAGGAUCGCAUGUUUUUACUAUCGCUGGUUUCUGACUUAAAACGGGUGCCAGCGGCAAAAAAAAUGAUGGUGAAAAUGGAAAUUGUAACGGCUAUCGCAAGAGCUAAUCAAAGCCAAUGAAUCGUGCGAGCUUACAGUUUAUUUAAUAUAACGCGUGUUCAUUUUCAAUUAAUAUUUUAUUAAAUAGUUUUAGUGUUCACAUCGUUUUAGAAAAUUAGUUUAGCGUUACCUUUCUCAAUUCGAGCUGUUUCGAAAAAUUCGUAAACAUCUUUGUACCAAACGAUUAUAUAUAAGUCAAGUAUUCACUUGGACAUUUAGUGACUUAAGACGGUAUAAACUCAACAGUCUUGCCGUUAUUAAAUUUUGAAAAUUUUAAUUAUUUUAUUAAAACGAAUUUGUUGAAAUAAUUUUUUGUUUAAAGUAAUAAUGAAAGUUAUGUUAAUACAAAUAUGCAUAUUUGGAUUGUUCUUUGCACUGUGAAUCAAAACUUGAAUUCGCAAAAAUACAGUGCGUUUCAAUUUCAAGACGUAGUUAGUAACUGUUUACUUAAGUGACUAACUGUCAUAAUCCGACUUUUGCACUACAAAAGAACAUUUUAACCAAAAAUUUACGUAAAACAAAUUUUAAAUUCUAAAUGUCGAUGCCGAAAAAUAUGCGGGCCUACAUUCCUAAUUAGCCUAUGCUAGCACUUCUGUGUAUUGUAAAUGCAUAUACCCUUAUGUUUUGACAAAUAUCGCCUUAAGUUUUAUUUAUAGUUUCAUGGUAUUAAAUAUUCCAUUAUAAAUACUUGUGAGCAAAGUGGAAUUGGUUUGGUUAAAUGUUUUUUUUUGAAAAAUAUUUAAUAAUACAAUUAAGAAAAGCUAAGUUCGGAUGUAAACGAACAUUUUAUACUCGUGCAACUUGCACGGAUCAAAGCAGAGGAAAUACCUUCAGGUGUCGCAAAACUAGAUAUUAAAAAAUGUUGCGAAAGAGUUCAACAUUCAUUAUUCGAAGAAAAAGUGAUUGGAUUACAAUAAAAUUUGGUUAUUUUAUAGAUCAUAGACUUCCUUAGUUUUAUUCAUAUAUUUUACUUCGCUUCAACUAAAAUUAUAUUGAAAUCAUCUUCAAAUGAGAUAUAUGUUAUCUAACCACAACCGAAGAGUGUAAACUUAAUAUAUAUAUGGUAAACGUAAACUAGGGGAACGGGAUUGAUUAUAUUAGAGAUAUGAUGUUUACACCAAGGUCACCAACAAUUUCAGCGCUAAGCCACAUAAUUUUUUAGGCAAACUUGUCCUGAUUUCAUUAAAAUAUCACACAAAUAUACCAACUCAAACGAUUUAAAGUCAGCUAAAAAGUCGGAAAUCACUAUAUAGAGUUGUUGUUGUUGCAUUAACCUUUGGCAUUGCUCAGGUAUACUUGAGAACAUAUUUUCAAGCAAUUUAUAAAUAAGUAACUCACACACUGACCGACAUAUUCGGCAUAAAGUUUGCUAGAAUAGUUAGGGUUUUUUCUAAGUUUUCACCCGAUUUGAUCUAUUUUAGACGUAAAGAUACACUGCUACUAUCCUAAAGAUUUGUCUUGGGAGUGGCUGUUGUCCGGUUUCGCUCAUCUGCAUUACAAACCACUCUUGGGUAUCAAGGAACAUAUGUAGCUUGCAAGGACAGUUGCAUGUACAAGUAUAUAUAAUGUAUAUAUAACUCUGUAUCUAUCUCGAUUAGUUUUAGGUGAUA